AUGCUCAAAGUAUUACAGGAGCUGAAGUUCGAUGUUUUAGAGGAGCUCAAAACUUUUAAACUGGAAAUGAGUUCACUUUUUGACACGGUGAAAACCUUCAGGAAAGAUAUGGAUGAGGUAGCUGCCUCAGUUAAGUUUGCAUCGAACAAGCUGGAUGAAGCAAACAAGCUCAUGAGAGAGAUGUCCGCCGAGUUCGUCACUUUAAGAAAGGAGAAUGAGGAGCUUCGUUCUAGGAACGCUAAUCUUGCCUGCGAAGUCACCGCUCUGAAGGACAAAGUAAGAUCUAUAGACCAGUACUCCAGGAAGGACAACUUAGAGAUAAGCGGACUGCCUGUGACACCGAACGAGGACACCAACAGCCUAGUGAAGGAUCUCGCGCAAGCUCUGGGUGUGGAGGUCAGCGAGAGUGACAUCUCAACUUCACACAGGGUUCCUGCUUUUCAGAAGAAUCGUACUCCAGCACUAAUCGUAAAAUUCGUAAGAAGAUCAACACGGGACAGCAUCAUUGAGAAGUACAGGCAGAGAAAUGGAGGACUGACGGCGCGGGAUGUGAGUGCGGUGUUUCCUGGGGACAGAGUCUUCGUGAACGAGCACCUGGCACCGGACAAUAAGGUAUUUCUUUCUAAGUUGAAAGCAAAGUGUAGAGAAGUGGUGUGCGUCUAUGCAUGGGCAAGGGAUGGGAAGUUCUUUGUACGAAAGAGUCAAGGCGCUCCUUUCAAGAGAGUCGAAUCUUAUGAGGCACUUGAAAGUCUUACUUAA